ACGCAAAUUCGUUUUGGGUGCCGGCUGCUGCGCCCACGCGCCAAAAAUCGCGGGGGCGAUCGGAGGCUCCGGCGCGUGCUCAAAUGAGUGUGCGCACCGGCUGACGCACACGCGUAUAAAAACCUCUUUGCUGACGAAAAAAAGAAAUAAAAUUAAAAACCAAACCGUGUUCCUUUUUCAAAAGUGACAGUGCCCGGUUCUUGACGGAAGUCGGACUUUUCAGUUCCAGCCAGUGCGUCCGAUGACUUAACGAUUCUGUGGUCGAUUUAGUUUAUGAAUGGAGUGGAAUAGGAAGUGACGUCAUGCAUAGUGUUGUGACUGUGUCAGCUUUGGUUCGGUGGGCGACGAUUUGAUGACAAUGUGCGAUCAUUAGACCGAAAAGAAUGAGACUAGUGGGCGCUGUGGCAGUGUUAUGCGCGUUGUCACAUUGCGUCGCGCAAUGGCGGUGUCCCGGGCUGAGUGCUCGGCCCGCGGCCGAAUGCUCGUGCGACCUGCCCCAUACGCUGCGGUGCACCGGAGACCACACUGCCCUUCAGAUAAUCGGCCGCCAUCUCCGAGAACAAAGAGCUAGGAACAAGAACACGGCGGUUUCUCUCCUGGACUGUGCUUUGCGAGGAGUCUCCGCGCUGUCCACUGCUUCCGUGUCGGAGCUGGCCGGAGUGGGACUUCAUGGGCUGGUCAUAUCCUCGGGGGACAUACGGAGGGUGCAGCAGGGAGCGUUCAAUAGCGUUGCGGCUACGCUACUGGCUUUGGGUCUGCCAAACAACCAAUUGCCGUCGGUGCCUACGGAGGCGUUGACGCGUCUCUGGAAUUUGGAUCGUCUGGAUUUAUCCAACAACAAAAUCCAUACUUUAGACACAAAUUCCUUCAAGGGCAUCCAGAACCUGACUUACCUGGACAUAAGUGAUAACCAGUUGACGAAUAUCUCGCCAGAUGCAUUUAAACCGCUAAUUAAGAUGGCGGUCCUGCGGCUUCGAGGGAAUCUUCUUAAAGUACCCGCUUUGGCUUCGUUGAAGGAAGCUCACGUGUUAAGGGACUUGGACCUCUCGAGCAAUGCCCUGGAGGGCCCACUCGGCCCCACUACCGUGCCCGCUAUAAGCUGCUUGACCAAUCUGCAAUUGUCUGACAAUACUUUUGCUAGUAUACGUCGAGGCGCUUUGUCAGGGCUGACGAAUCUCACAUACCUGAACUUACACAACAACCAGAUAGACGUGUUGGAGGACUUCGCGUUUCGUCAUCUCACGAACCUCUCCCAUUUGGACUUGUCACAUAACGAGAUUGUGGCUGUUUCAGGUGCCUCCCUAGCUACCCUGGACAACUUAUCUCACCUGGACCUGUCUCACAACUUCCUCCGGUCCCUCUCGGCGGAUCCUCUCAAGUCUCUCAAGAGUCUUCGUGAGCUGUUCCUUCACGACAACGACAUUUCUAUGAUCGACGAUGGUGCUCUCUCGCAGCAUAAGGAGUUGGCCAGGUUCACUAUUGAAGACAAUCCCCUGAAUUGCGACUGUCUGAUGGCCGGCUUCGCUAGAUGGCUUCGAGACGCAAACAACUUGCUACAAACUGACAAGUCAGCCGCAGUUUGUACCACACCCCCACACUUGGAAGGCGCCCUCAUCUCCCGACUCUCCAAAAACAAGCUCUGCGACGAUUUCGAAACGAAAAUCAACAAAGACGAUCCGAACUACGAUUACAAUAAAGUCAUAGCGAAUACCAUAGAUGUACAAGACAAAUACGUAGAUGUAGAAACGACUGUGCAAGAUUUGUACAUAGACAAAACAGAAGGAUUGGACGACGAUGUGUAUGAUGGGGAGUUAGAAGUACCGUCCGAAGAGGAUCUUCCUAUUUCUAAAUCUAAGGUCCGUCUCCUGGAUGCUUGGUACGAUGACGAAGAGGUUUACCUAUCCUGGGCGGUGGAUCCACCCUCCACCAGACGCUUCCGAUGCACCGGAGUGACGGCAUCUAGAAGUGGAGGUCUUCCAAAGCACGUGGCUUGCCACAGAGCCGCACCAGCGAAUAUCCUGCUGAGGGGACUGAAGAUUAACCCAACGGAACAGUAUACGUUCUGCAUAGCCCUCGAAGAGAUGGACAGUUCGGACACUCCGCUUUCUUUGGUGCUAGGCUGCGGUGCCCCCCAGUCGGUCCGGCAGCGAGCCACGUUUGCUACGGUGCCCCCCGUGGCGGUCACUGAGCCAGUGGAUCGGAGUCACUUGAGGGUCUCCGAAGUCCGAUCCAACGUCACCAGCGAAGGUGUUCUUACAGUCCUCAUAUCACUCAUGGGCAUUCCGCCUCCUCGUUCCCAAUUCUCCAUCAGAUCCCAAAGACUCUCCCCAGAAUCCCGGUACCCUCUAUACAACUGCUACGUCAUCCUUGCUGUACUCUCAAGAGGGUCUUUAGUAGCGCAGAAGGAUACCCCAUGUAAAGAAACCCUGGAGAUUUCAAUGGAGGGAUUCAUUCGAGGGCCGUACGAAGUAUGUGCCACAAUAUCUAAGUUCAAACCAGAAGAAAGAACACCAAUUUGCAUAGUCCCUCAAGAUAUAGAUGUAACUGGAUCUUUAGAAAUGAAAUCUGGUAUCAAAGGUCUGAAUACAGCGCUAGUAGGAGUAGCUCUAGGUUUGAUGGUUAUAGUAGUAGGUCUGGUGUGGUUUGUUAGGAAAAUGCUGAAGAAACCAAGCGAGUUUGAGACCCACAGAUGUUUUAGGCCUGAACCGGUGCCGGAGGAGAAUGCGCGGUCAAGUUAUGUCAUGCUGACAGCCACUUCCAAGAGUAGGGUGUACAGCAGGUGCCAGUUGACCCGUGAACUACUGAAAUUGCAAUUUUCAAGGACUUUCCUUAGCAACUGGGUAUGUUUAAUAGAACAAGUGAGUGACAGAAACACUGCAACGAUGGUGGUCAAAUCUCCUAGAAGGAAAUACUAUGGAUUAUUUCAAAUCGGUAGUGAGUGGUGCAAAGAAGGCCGAAAAGGUGGAAAAUGUGACCUAACAUGUGAAUCUCUCCUGGAUGACGACAUCAGAGACGAUGCCAGCUGUGCUCAGAAGGUGUUCGAGAUGGAAGGUUUCAAGUAUUGGACGAAGUGGGAAGCCCGAUGUAAAGGACAGACCCUGCCUGAUAUUGAGAAAUGUCCAGAUUGGCAGCAUCCUCCUUCAAGAGCGUCACCAGUCAGAGAAAAGAGAACCCUUCCCGGGAGAACCUCGAGGAAGUUCAGUUUUGUCCCUUACCCAGUAAUGACUGUGCUUCGUAUUUAAGUAUAAGCUUAAAUGUCAGAAAAUAGAAAGGUCAUUUUACAGUAACAGUCGAAUCUUAUAGAUGUAGCGUUAGAAGGUGUGUUUGCUUCUCAAAAAGUUAUACCGUUCAUCUCAACUAAAGGACGUCCACUGCUGGACAAAGGCCUCCCCCAAGAUUCCCAUAAAGACCGGUCCUACGCUGCCCGCAUCCAAGUACUUCCCGCGACCUUCACUAGAUGGUAGAUACUAGGUUUCAUUCAAGUAUAACACGGUGCAAUUUUAAGUCUUAUUUUGUCAAUUUUUAAAUAUUUGGGACCAUAAUAUUAAGUUAAUAAAAUACAUUUUAAUGUCGUAAAAUUUUUGAAAUAGUAGGUACCUUACUAAUAUUUAUAUAGGAUUUUUAUCAAACAUGUAAGUACAUAAAUGUACGUAAUUGUGCCCACUGACUGUGAUAUGAAUACUAAUAAAAUUCAGUUUAAGUACAAAUAAGAGGAAAUAAAGGUUGUAUAGUGUAGUAAAUAAGUCCAAAAAGUGAAAUGUUUAGCUGUAGGUAUUGAAAAAAAAACCAGUACAACAAUAUAGAAAAUAAUAUAAAACUAUAAAUUGAUGAGUGAAAAAUAUAAUGAUCAACCAUAUGAAAAAAAUCAGGAUAUAUUUUGCCUGUUUACCUAUACACCCUAGUGUAGUAGUUUUAUUAAAGUUAUAAAAAAAUAAUAAUGAAUACAUGCA